UUUCUAGGUGGUCUAUAUUCAAAUAUGAAAUUCAUGAAUCAAUUUUCCGUUUUUAUUUUAAAAUUUAUAUUACUACAGAUCAGUUAACAUUCUCUGCAGUUGGUCAUAUCCUUUAUUUAUUUGUGUUUACUUGUCAUUCUUAUAAUAUAACCUCAUUUUAUUAUUAUAACCAAACUUUCUAGCUUGAUAAGAAAAAUCAAAUUUUGUAAAAAUGCCUGCUACAACAAUUCACCGGUUAAUAGUAACGAUAGGCUUCUUAUCUCUAUUUCAUGCAGCUUACUCAGCAGCUCAACAUCGUUCGUACCUAAGACUAAAUGAAUUGGAGUUCACACAUUUGCCCUCAGAUAUAAUUGCUCAAGGGAUUAUUAGUUUAUUUGUGAUCAUGUACGGUGUAAUGUACGUUGCUGGGGACUUCAGAGAUAUUAAAGCAUCAGCAGAUUUAGAAAACAAAAGUUGGGAAUCUUUUCGUAACGUCCCUUCUUUUUAUACUUUUAACCACAGAGGAAAGGCUUUUUCACCGACUUAUGUAUCAAUAACAAAAUCUGCCUUGGACGAAGCUGAAUAAUAUUAAUGCAUGAUGUUACAUUAAUUCUUUUUAUAUCUCAUACAUGUAAGCUAACGAUAAGUGUUAAUAGUUAUGAUUCAUUAUUUAUGGCUUUAUUUUAUUCCUUACAUUUGUGAUACAAUAAAUUAGUAGUAAUUGUUUUA